UUUCUGCCCAAGGGACGAAUCAGUAACGAGUACGCAAGGAAGUGACGCGACUUGGUGUUAGAGCUAACCAAUCCGGUUAGAGAAGGCGGGCCCUUCCGCCUGGAGCAGCGUCGUUCACAACCGACACAGAGCGAAGCUGAAGCAGCAGUGGGAGUAGUGAGAGGGAUGUCUCAAGAGGAUGAACCCCAAAGUCCCGCCCGUGUAUUCAGCUCUACGGCAGAGGGCGUCACCGCGAGUCUUAGCGAGCCAGAUCGACCUCAGGAGCUGGGGAGAAGAAAGACACGCAGCGGUCUCCAGACAAGACCCCCAGAGGAUGACGUCAGCUGUCAUGGAGCUUCUGCCAGCGGAACCAGCCCCUUCCUGAAAACACUGAUGGACGCGGAAGCAGCUGCCAACUCUGCUGCCGUGCAACUCGUGUCUUUUAAAGAUGCGAUGGAGGAUGAGUUUGCUGAUUCGAGGCAGUCCGCCAUGGACAAGCGCCGAGCUACGAGGCAGAGAGGACUCCUGCUGGAGAAGUUGGAGGAUUUCAGACGAAUAAAUAAAUCUGUUCGACAGAAGCUGAAGCAGCUGCAGGAAGCGGAGGCUGAUCGAAUUGAUGCCAACCAACAUACUGAGAUGUUAAUGAAGAAGAUAACACAGGCUGAAAGUGAAAAUGAGCGUUUAAACCGAAAUUUGACUGAGACAGAAAGAAGAUUCGAGGAGCUGAUGGCUCUGCGGAGAGAAGAGCAGGAGAACGUGAAGACUGCCACUCACAUGACAAAGUCUGUGGAGGCGACUCGGACUCACCUGCAGGAGCAGCUUCGCACCAAGGACGCUGAGAACAAUCGUCUGACGGCACGGCUGCGGACUCUGGAAAGAACCCGGACUGAGCAGAAGAUGGAGAUUAAAGAUCUGAGAGGAUCCAUCAACGCUUUAAAUGAGACGGCAGCAAAGGACAAAGAAUCUCUAAAGAAAGCCACAAGAGCACAGAAACUGAGAGCCGAGAGAUUUGCAUCUGCUAUUGAGAAAUGUUAUGCACAGCUAAGGGAAAAGGAUGCUCAGCUGGUCAGUGCCUGUUCGGAAAGAGACUCCAGGAGACGGCAGAAGGAGCAGCAGACGGAUGAGAAGGACAAGCUCGAGGCUCAUAUAGACUUUUUGAAGAGUCAAAUCACGGACUUGACAGCGAGGCUGCAGAAGGAGAGGGAUGAGCUGACCGCGGCUCGUGACACCGUGAUGCAACGCGUUGAAAAACUCUGCGCUGAAAACAGAGACCUCCGCAUCAAUAAUGCAGCACUUGAGGCAUCAGUCGCUCGGUUGGAGCAGCAGCUGAAUGAUUGUGAGUCGGCUCUGGUGGAGGAGAAGGUCGAGUCGCAGGAGAGGAAACAUCAAGCUGAACAGUGUCAAUAUCAGGUCGCAGAACUUCAAGUUGAGAUCAAUGAUAUGAGGAUAAAAUAUGGAAAUAUUUUAAGAGAGACGGAGAAGACGAGGGAUGGGAAAGAUACAGAAGUUGAGAAGAUGGGAAGUCAGACUACAUUGCUGAGAUCAUCGUUGGGCAUGAAAGAGUCCAUUCACGAGGCCAACGUUAAACUACAAGAGAGAAUUAAUUCGGUUCAAAAGCAGAUGGAGAGGCUGCAGCAGGAGAACCUGGAGCUCGUACGGAGGCUGGCAGCUCAGGAGGAAGCUCUGAGCUACAGCAACCAGCAGCUGGAUCAGCGCUCGUCGGAGAGUCAGGCCCUCACCCGGCAGCUGGAGGCGGCUUUAUCAGACGUUCAACAACAGGUCAAAAAGGUCAAAGAGCAGAAUCUCUCCAGAGAAGAGAGUCUUCAGACUAAAAUCCUGCAGCUGGAAGCUGAGAAGAGCAGAAGAGAUAAAGAGCUGAGGCUUCUCCGCCAGAGUAAACUGACUGCAGAGCGACAGUUCGAGGUGCGUCUGAAGGACCUGCAGCUCAGCCUCGACCAAUCAGAGAGCCACAAAAAAAGCAUUCAGAACUACGUCGACUUCCUGAAAAACUCCUAUCAGACCAUGUUUGAUGAGGGACUGCAGACUUCCACAGUUACAUCCUCGUAUUUCCUAAAAUAAUUCAGGGUUCAUCCUUUGAUAUUUAAAUUUUUGUAUUUAUUUAUGGGUUUACUGUAAUAUAUAUUUUUUAGGUUUUAUUACCUCAAUUUAGCAAAAACUGGUGAAUCAAUUUCCAUGAAACUUGGUGGAAGGAUGUCAGGAAAGAGCCAAUAAUAUUUUGGUAUGGAUCCAAAUCACUAGGCGAAACCAGGAUUUUUUUUUCACUGUCUUUUCAUCAUCAAUCAUUUCCAUUGAUUUCUCAGGGAACAAUUCAUGGAUCCUGAUGACAAGAAAAAGUCUGACAUCUUCAGGGGACUGAUAUUUAUGAGUCUGAGCAAUCCAUAACAUCCAAAUACAAUCUGGAUCGAGUGAACUUAAAUUUUGGAGUUAUGCACGCUACUAUUCUACUUUUUACUGAUGGUCUGUUCUUUUAUUUAUGACUUGGCUACCUUUGGGUUUAAAAUGUUAGUGAGAUAAAACAAGUAAUCUUUACUCAAUUUCCUCAACCUGAGAUUUCGUAGAUGACAUCUAAUAAAUAAAUAAAUAAGGUGUCUCCUGCUGGUAGAGGAAAUGUGCCACUAGGUGGAACUGUUCAUCUUUUCUCCCCUUUUAAAGAAUCUUACUUUCAUACACAAAGUUCAGUGUCUGUGAGUGUGACAUUAUAUUAUGACAACAAUGGUUAACCAAUACAAUUAGUGCUAUAAAACCAAAUGCGUAGGUGCAAGUGCCCCAGCUAAGUCUACAUGUGGUACAAUAGACCACAUUUAACAUGGUGCUUGAACGUGAUUAUACUUCCAGCUUUACUCCCACCCUCUCACCCUGAUUUUGAGCCAUGACACGGAAAAUGCUCUCUUUACCGCCUCCCUGUUUGAGCAUCGUCUUUUAUCUGUAGCAACAAUAAUAAUAAGGAAUGUGCGAUGUGUAUUGAAUGUGUUUAUGUUCUUGUUUCUCACUUGGACGUGGAGAUUAAUUAGUUUAAAAAUCUUUAAUUUAACUGUCAAGUUUGUGCCUUUAGGGCUGCAAACACAGUCGCAGAGAUUCAAUACUGGGAUAUUUCCAAACCUCUGAUACUGGUUUGCAUUCAGGCUUUUGUACUAGAAGUUUUUAUAUUACUGCUCAGGGGCAAAGAAGGUUGAAGGAAUCUGCUGCGGCACGAUUUUGCCAAAAGGCAGAACUAUUGGUCUUAUGCCGCGCUUAUUGGAUCUUGUCAUUGCUUGAUUUGUGGUUCCACACUGUGUCUAUGGCAAUAAACCACCGUGGUCCUGACCACUGUGAGGCCCUGCUGUGUCUCUGCAGCGGGCGUUUUCCCCCGGGUGAGCAGUGCUCCUCUCAAAUUCUCAAAGACAAAGCUCUAUUGUGUUCACUGUCAAGGGAUGGAACCAUUUCAUCUGCGUGUGCGUCAGUAACCCUGUUUUUCCCCCCUUUGCCCUUGUUCUCAGUAUUCUGGUUCUUGCCUGUUUACGCAAUUCUGUUGAUCAUUCACUGGGAAUUGGCUUUCUUUGCUUUUUUUUGUUGGAAAAUAAACUUACAUCUGGC